CAGACAGAGCAGUAUUUUUAGGAAAGAUGUUAGUUGUUUGUUGGGAGCCAGUAUUAUCAAAGUAGAGGGGGCGUGAACUUAUGCACUAAUAAGUGCCUAUCGCCCCUCUCAUUGUAUUUUUAUUCUUUUAUUCUUGUUCUCGUUUUGGUUUGACAAAUUCUGAUCAAUACAUAAAUAAAAUAUAAAGUAGCAGCCUAGCGAACCUCUCUGAACAUAGGAAGAUUGCUUUUUCUUGACGUGUUGAGUUAACCGUAGAAAGUUGUCUGUGUUGAGGACUCGUUGCCUGUAACGGGUGGGGGGUGAGAUUUAGGUUGGGUUCCUGCAGUAUUUUGGGCUGAAGGUAGCCGAUACAUUAAUUUGGUUCAGUGAGCAAAUGUAGCCGGUGUGAUUGCGCGCUGUUGUGCAAACUCUCAACUGGAUAAAUUGGGUACACGAUGGUUUAAUAAGCCAUGGAGUAAUAUGUUGUGUAAACAUAGCCACUGGCUUCUCAGGAAUAUUUCGUGCCAAGAUUCGUUGAAUUUGGUUUGUUGCAUAGAUAGAAUAAUAAAAUAGACACUUUAAGAUUCUAAAGAGAUUACUCCUGGAAUUAAUAAGACUGUUGCUCCAUUGAUAGCAGUAGCUUUUUCUGCCAUGAUAAUUAAAAUGCGGAUGACGAUGUUUGUUUAUAGGUUAAUAUUUCUUAUAAUGACAAUGGGUUGGAUUCUGCACUCUUUGUAGAAAACAGAAAAAAAGUGAUGAUUGUAUCAAGAGCUAAUAGUAUUGGUUCUACCAGUGCCUCUUCAGUACCAAAUACAGAUGAUGAAGAUUCUGAUUACCAACAAGAUACCUACAAAGAAUCAUACAAGGAUCGCCGUCGACGUGCUCAUACACAAGCUGAGCAAAAGCGGAGGGAUGCUAUCAAGAAAGGUUAUGAUGAUUUGCAAGCAAUUGUACCGACAUGCCAGCAGCAAGAUUUCUCAAUAGGCUCCCAGAAGCUAAGCAAGGCGAUUGUGCUGCAGAAGACUAUUGAUUAUAUUCAAUUCUUGCACAAAGAAAAAAAGAAACAAGAGGAAGAGGUCUCCACUCUCCGGAAAGAUGUGAUGGCCUUGAACAUCAUGAAAGUAAACUAUGAAGAUAUUGUUAAAGCUCAUCAGGACAAUCCCAGUGAAGGAAAGAACCAGAUCUCUGACCAAGUGAAGUUCAAUGUUUUCCAGGGUAUCAUGGACUCCUUGUUCCAGUCCUUUAAUGCCUCCAUCUCUGUAACAAGCUUUCAGGAGCUCUCAGCUUGUGUUUUCAGCUGGAUAGAAGAGCACUGUAAGCCACAGACCCUGAGAGACAUUGUCAUUGGUGUACUGCAACGACUGAAGAGCCAACUCUACUAAUCAAAGAGAAAGCAUUGAAGGGGCCUAAUUUGGAGAUAUAUGGCCAAGAAGCUUUAUUCCUUCCAGUAAUUCCAUUUCAAGCAUUUUUAGGGCUACAGAUUGGGUUUACCUCUGGAAUCCCCUCAGUUUACACUGCAAGCUCUUCAGAUGAGCAGAAAAAUAAUCAGCUCUCAGUUCAUGGGGAUUGCUUGCUGCCAUCUCUUUUUCAAGCCUUGGCUCUAUCUGUUCCUAUGCAUAAGUGUAGCUGAUCUAAUAGAAAUGUAUUUACAAUAUACCAGGGUUUCACAAUGAGCCAAAUUCUUUUCUUAAUGUCUCUUCUCCUCAGUUUGGUAAAUACUUUUUCUAAAUGCAUAGAUGUUAUAUCUAAGGUUUGGUUCAAGGAGCAGUAGCUAAUGUAAUGAUUAUAAAAACAAAGCUGUUUUAUAUACUACCAUGACUCCAUGUAGCAUUUACCUUGGGUUAAGGGCAGAGAACCAGGGAAGUUAAGCAAUAAACUGCCUUCCUUUGUAUAAUACAUUCUGAUAGCCUUGUAGAGAGCUAGUAAGUCAUCUAGCAACAACCUUCUGUUGUGUAGCCAACCUCCAGCUUUUUAAAAUUAACCUAUAUGCAAUCAUUAUUUGCCUUCACUUCAAUUCUAUGGAUUAAAAGCCUGAAUAGGCUUAUCAAUUAUGUUGUAUUAGCAAUAAAGGGGAAAUACCUUUUAGUCUCUUGCAGCCUUGAUUUCUAAUAAUGCAAUGAAGUGAAUUAAGCCAACUCCCUUCUGCAGCUCCUUGGUUUUUGUUUUUUUGUUUUUUUUUGCUGCAAAGGUGGGUCCACUGUCUUUUAUAGGCACUGCUUUCUUAUCUACUGCUGGUUGGUGGAGAAGGACAUUAACUGAGACAAGACCUUGCUAUUUUUUUAUUAUGACAUGCAGUUCUAAUAAAUUUGCUAUGUGGUUGAAUGA